UGUCUCAGUAAAAAAAUUGAGAGUAACGCUUGAAGUCUCUUCAUUUUUAUUUUAAACGAUCUGCGAUGAUUGCGUAGCGCGUUUAAUUCAGCGUUAAUAAUUCUUCCAAAUGGCUUGAACGUGGAUACCAUCGCAAUUCAGGCCGCGUUAUCUCGCUUCUGUUUUCUCGCCGAUGAAGUCAAGUUGUAACAAGACAAGGGAGGCAUGUCCGUUUCACUCAACACCUGUAAACAAUUUGGUAAACGCUCAUGAUAACGCGUGGUGAACCUCGUUCCGUUUAUCAGUCCCUCCCUAACGAAUCGUGUUAUGCCGAGACUGGCAAUCCGUUCGGCUGUUUGGGUACUGACGCUCCUCUUACGCUUCGCCGUGACGGAAAGUAAAACGUGUCCAGAGCAAAAUAUUCGUCUCCUGGAUCUUCAAGAGGACGGACUGGCGCAUAGUUCUUCCAGAAGCUUUUGGAGGCAAAGACCAUCUCGUAAAAACAAAUCAUUUGAAAGUAUCGGAGCAGAAUUCCCGAGCGAGUUCUUGCCACUUCCAGCAACAAGAAAUAUAGAUCCCGAACAAGGAUACAAAAACGUUACCGUAAACAGCAGAACUUUGAUGGAUUACAGCGGUCCAGAUAUAACGGAGGAUCUCGGCGAAACGAGCGAUCGGGAUCUCGCGAGCCACGUUCGCGUCAAGAGAAACGAGCCGGUCGUUCGCCAUCGGUCCAACUACUUGGCAAAGUUGGUCGAUUCGCUUCCACGAAAUUCCUGGCGCAGGACUAAUGUGACUGGCGCGUUCGGCGACUCGACGUUCGAGGGAUCACGUUCGGAUCGUAAGGAUCGACCUGGUACCGAUCAGGGCACCGGCGCCUCGCGCCCGCGACGUAAGCGCGGGGUCCUGUCGAAAGGCGGGUAUCGCAAGAAACGCGUCAAGGGAAAAGCCGGGCACUCGAGGUAUCGUGUCGAAACGAAGCAUGAUGCCCACCAGCCCGCCAAGAAAAAGACGCAAAAGAGCGGUCCAAGCCCGAGAGAAGAAAGUAAGAAUACUCGAGACAUCGGAAUGCCUGCCGGAACGGUUGACGAGUCCAGGGUAGAUAAAAGGGAAUCCGGAAAUUGCGAUUUAAAAACUGACCCCGCCAACAUCGAGAAAGUAGGAGACUUAAUUAGCCAGAAGGAAAAGGCGUCAUUAACGAACAACACAAGUCUCGCUGAACAGCAAAAGGAGAACACCCUUGCGUUACCCUUCGUGCACACUGGAAGAGCGCAAUUGCGCGUCCGCAUCGAGCAAUUCCCCGCGAACGAGUCGUCGCUUAUCAGUCACGAUCAGCGGACGGAUCGUUUUAUCGAGACCAGCCCUUGUUCGAUCACGCUACCGAGAUACAAUGCGAGCGACGAAAUUCUCAACGUCACGAAUCUCGAGCUCGAGCCGAAUUUCAACUCCAUCGGCGGAAGGAUGGCCGACAAUUUUACGGUGGAGAUGAUGCUGAAGAAGCUGGAUCGAAGCAACGCGUCUAUCCUGGAAACAAGCGAUCCUGAAAACGCGUCGUCCUGUAACGCGGAAUCCCGUCCGGUUAAAUCGAACGCGCCGGGAAUCGAGGACGACCGAAACACGGAAGAUGGAAACUACGAUCGCACGAGUGAGACGUCUGCGGGAUCCGCGGACGAGAAGUCGCGCGCCAAGAGAAAUCAGGAAAUUGCAUCCGAGCGCUAUCUACGAAGUGAUAAGAGCGCGAGAGUGCCGAGACCUUUCGAAGACGCCGAACAAGGGACAUCGAUCGGAGACGCGAAGCGCGGGAAGACAGGAUACAAAAGGAUUCGCGGUAAUCGCGCUGUGAGAUCGAUCGAAGAAAUUAAGGAACUUGCUAAAAAACUGAUCGUCAAGAUAAACAAGUUGCAAGUAUACGUGACUAGCCGCAAUGAGAUUCUACACGCGAGGGAUUCCUGUUUCGGUGAAGACGCAGGUCACGUGGCAGACGAGGAGAAACCGAGCAACUCCCUGGAGAAGGACAUCUCAAACUCGGCGUCCAGGAUCGCCAAGAAGGUCGACAAUCGCCAACGCUUGACGAAAGGGGUGGCUUUAGCAGGAAAAAGAGCAUCCCAGAUGCGUUCCAGCGGCUCGAGAUUUGCGCGGGGAGAGUAUCGGACGAGGAGGAGAUUGCGUCGCAAGUGGGGCAGGUGGAUGGAUUGGAGCAGCUGUAGCGUCACCUGCGGCAAGGGUCGACAGAUCAGGUGGCGGCAUUGCCUGCAUGAUUGCAACGACGCGGAAACCGAGAUGGAAGAGAAAGCGUGCCAAUUGCCGGCCUGUCCACCGGGCAAGUUCCUCGGAAUAUUCUGAAAGACUCCUCCUUCAGCGAUCGAAUUUUCUGCAACGUACCAGAGACACUGUCGACAUGAUAAUUAUUAAAAAAAAAAAAACGUCACGUGAUAAAGCAAUAGCAAUCAGACGUGGUACUACAAUCCCUCGGUUGGUCCAAUCGCAUAGAAUCGCUUGUCGAUAUAGCUGCGUCUUGAGUAAACAAAAAUAUCGAGCUCGCUCCUCGAUAAGGAAAGUUCGCGAAGUAACUAAAUUCUUUGACAUCAUUUUAUUCUGCUCUCUUCUUUCUGUGGGUAACAGUUCUCGUACAAAGAUUCUUAUGACUUCGGAUCACGCGCUUACGUUUUACGCUAUGUAGGAACUUUCAAGGUCGCAGAGAUGCAAUUAAUCGAGAUCGAUGACGAUUCAUCCCCGGGAAGAUAAUUUGAAGGAUGAGAUUCUUGAAAUUCGCGCGUUAUCGUAUGAAACUUUUUACAGCCUCGUGAACCUUCCUUGCUUAUCAAUUUAUGCACAACACCGUUGUAUUUCGCAUAAUUGUGUAACAAAUCGUUUGAUGUAUAUUUCUCAUCGUCUCAUUAUCAAAUACAUAAUAUAUUAUACAGGUUUUUAAACAAUACAUCCUUCGCCUUCAGUAUUCACAAAUAACGAGGGCGUUCAUUGCUUAAAGAGCAAGUCUGUCGCAGCUAGAUUAUCGUAUUCAUUGUCACAGAGUCACACGAGAUACGAUUGUCCGCCUUUUAUUUAAUAAUCGUGUCAGAAAAUGUUAACGAGCGUAUACUUUCCGUGCAAGUAGAUACGAAUCUGUACAAUGCUUCUUUCCUCUCUUUCACUAAUCAAAUGGCGCAGGAUUUGGCUCUAUAUCAGCAAUCCGCACACUUUUGAUGUAAUAAAAUCUGUUAUCGUACAAUAUUUAUAAAGUUUUCUACAAUACAUUUUCUCUUACGUUCGUGUUACUGUCAUACUGACAUAGAAAAUGUUAAUAAAAUUCGAUCGACCAUUUCACAAUUUUUAUCUUACCAGUUUAGGCGUAAUAACCGUAAGAAACCAAGUGUAUUGUGAGCAACGUAUAGUUCACUUUUAAUUAAGCUAGAUGACAUGAUAGUACUCUCUAUAAGGAAUUAUAUGUCAAAAAGAUAUUCAACGAGUGCAAAUGUAUAAUGUUUUUAUGCGAUAAAUUUUAUUACAAUUGGAACAGU